AUGGAUAAUCUAGAAAUUAAGAUUGAUGAAUUAAAUUAAUGCUUUUUUAAAUAUGGAGCCAUUUUAGGAGAUAUUGGAUAAGGAUUAUUGUAUAACUUUGCAAUAUUUGUAAUUUGGAGGAUUUAAUGUUAUUAAAAAUAUUUAGAAUACAAAAAAUAAGAAUAAAACCUAAGUGUAUUGAAAAAGAGAUAUUUGAUAAUAAUCAUUUUUAAACUAAAAAUCAUUGCUAAUGAAAUUAUUAAUUAAUCAAUUAGGCAAAAUUCAGUUAAAUUUUAAAUAGAUGCUCGCUAAGAAUUGAAUUAAUCUGUAAAAGAUCCUAAAAUGUAAAGUUGUUCUUUAAUUGAUGAACUUGACAACAAAUUAUUUAAUAAAAACCAGAAAUAAUAUAGUUUUGAUUAAACUUUACAUUACAUAAACAAUCCUGUAAAUUUAAUUGCGAAUGAAGUAAAUGAAAGAACAAAUAAAAUAAGAGAGCAAUUUGCAAAAUAAUAUAAUUAGAAAUUACAGGAAACCUAGAUGAGCUAUUUAAACCUAUUGCAUUAGAAGUUACAAAACCUAUCAGAAAAAGUCACAAUAAAUUCUUAGGCAAUUGAAUUUUUCAUCUAAUUAGAUAACCCAGAGGAUGCACCAAAGAUGUUAUAUCAAAUAAUGAUGGGAUAUUUGAGAGGCACUUUAGCUCAAGGAUAAUUGAAUAAUAUACAAGAUAAGUUUAAGAACAUUUUUUCAAAUCCAGAUGAUACCUGUAAAAUCAGUAAAGAAUUAUCAGAUCAAAAAUAUCAAAAAAUUUACCUUCUAUCAGAUUUCAUCUCAGGAUUCAUCAAUACAAUUCAAGAAUAAAUUAAAAGCAUUUAGAAUCUGAGAAUUGAAAUUGAGUUAUUUGAGUUGUAGAUUCAAAAAAUAAGAUCGAAUUUGAUUGGAUGUAGAUAAUGUUGUCCAACUUGCAAGAGAAAAUGUGAUUAAGAUAAUGUGGAUGGUCAUAGUCAUCGUUGUAGGAAUGGUCAUCUUUUAAGAGUUAUGGCUGGCAUUCUUAUUAAUAAUAUGCCUUCCUUGUAUUAAUGUGAAGAGAUAAAAUAGCACUAUCUAGUUAAGGAAUUUAAUUAAGAGUCAACAAAUAACAUGAGCUAACUAAAAGAAAUUUACUAAGAUUGGGCUUUUGAUGACAAUAUUAAUGAACAAACUAAAGAGAAAUUUACUACAUUUUGGAAAAAUAAUGGCAAAGAAUUUUGCCAAUAUAGAUUUAGCAGGGAAGGGAAAGAAUUUAAGUUUGUGGAAAAUUAAGUUGAAAUUUAGGCAGCCUAAUAACCAUCUUUUCAUUAUAUCAUCUUAUUAGAUGAUUCUGGUUCUAUGUCAGGAGAUAGAUUUAAUCAAGCCUAAAAUGGAUUAAUCUCAUCUUUAUCAUCUGCAAAAGAUAAUCAGAAUAUCAGAGUGACAAUCAUUAUCUUCAAUGAUAAUGCAAGAUGUGUUGUAGACUCUCAAACUAUAAAUAUGCAAACCAUAAAAAACGCAGUUGUAUGCAAUGGAGGAGGUACUAGUUUUUAAAGCGCCUUCUAAUUAGCUUAUCAAAAAAUUGCGGCUGUAAAAAACUUCGAAUAAUUCAAUAAACAUGUCAUAUUCUUUUAUACAGACGGAGGAGAUUCAUAUCCAACCUAGGCAUUAAACCAGUUUGCAAAUUUACCACAAGCUUAGAGAAUGAAAAUAGAUUUAAUUGCUUGCUGUCUUGAUAAAUAAUAAAAGACAAUGAUUAAUAUUACCGAUUUCUUUAAUAAAAACUGCUCAUUUGGAAAAUUGUAAGAUUAGAUGGAACCUUCAUAAAUAGGAGAGGCUUGGAGAAACUAAACGAGAUAAAUCAUAGUAUGAGAUAUUAUCAUAUAAGCAGAUAAAAAUAUAC